CUCAAACGUGUCGUUUUCAUUUAAUGGAAUAAUUAAUAAGAAAGUGGAUCCGCUGGCACAGGUCUGCAAUAAAAGCCAAAUGAAACAGAAAGUCAUCGAUGGUACCGGAUACGAAAUCGUUAAGAAAAAACAGGAUGACAGCAAAGAUGAGAGUUCUCACCUACCGACAGACAAGGUACCGGUAAAUGGCGUUUGCUGUCCGAGUCGACUCAUUCUAGCUGGUAUGGGCUUCUGGUACGGGGUUCUUGGAUAUGGGCUCAGCACAAACAUGAGUGUCGCAAUCGUGUGUAUGGCCAAGCUCCCUAAUGGAAACGCCUCUUUCAGUCGAAAUCAAACAAUUAAUAUCAACUGGACGGAUCGAAUACAGCGUGUAACCUCUGUGUAUCAGAUUCAGACAAAUAUUAGCAUUGCAAACAGUCACCUGUCAUCGUGUGAGUCAGUAGAUGCCGAGCAAUUUUCAUCAGAGACGGCGGAGUUUGAAUGGAGUAAAAAGACCCAGUCCCUGAUUCUGUCCGGUUUCUUUUACGGCUACGUGGUGACGCAGAUCCCCGGCGGCUGGAUGGCCACUCGGUUUGGUGGCAAGAUAGUGAUUGGCUUGUCAAUGGCUCUAGCGUCCCUGUUCACUCUGAUGAUGCCAAUGAUAGCAAGGGCAAGCCCAUAUGCUGUUUUCGUCAACAGAAUCGCGAUUGGAAUUUCAUGCGGCAUUGCCAAACCAGGAUGGUACGCCUUAACCGGAGCGUGGGCGCUGUCUAAUGAAAGAACUCGCUUUAUCAGUACACUGUGGAUAGGACAAACCAUAGGAACGGUUGCAGGAUAUGCUAGCUCUGGUUUCCUUUGUUUACACGGAUUCGACAAUGGGUGGGCGUCGAUAUUUUAUAUUCACGGAGCAUUUGGAGUUCUAUUCGUUGCGGCUUGGAGCUCCCUCGUGUUCGACAGACCAGAAAAUCAUCCCAGGAUAAGCCAAAUUGAAUAUGUGCUUAUCAGAUCCAAUUUGAAACGGACAAUGGAACGUGCUGUGUCUGACACCAAGAAAAUGUCCAGUCCUUGGCGGGAUAUUUGCACGUACACUCCAGCCAUUGCUGUAGUGGUCACGCAUGCAUGUGAUACAUGCACAUACUACCUCAUACUCACAUGCCUGCCACAGUAUCUCAAGGAGGUGCUCAAAUUUGACAUUCAAACAAAUGGCCUGUACUCUGCCCUGCCGUGGAUUUCCAUGCUGAUCGGAGUUAUUCUCGCCGGUAUCGGAGCAGACAGUUUACGCGCGAAAGGCUGGAUUUCCGUAACAAAUGUGCGAAAACUCUUUCAGGUCUCAGCUUCGAUCGGCGUGGCGGUGUUUCUCUGUGUACCUGGAUUUCUCACGUGCGAUCAACGAGGCCUGGUGAUCGCUUGUCUGUGUGCGUGUACUAUGCUGGAAGGCCUUGGAUUUGGCGCUGGAUAUACGUGCAACUGGGUCGACAUGUCGCCUAGGUUCGCUUCGUUGCUAUUUGCUGUGUCCAACACAGUCGCCAGCAUUCCGGGGAUCGUAGUUCCGGUUAUCGUUGCUGAAUUGACCGAAAAUCAAACAAGCGAGGACUGGCGUGUCGUUUUGGUCGGAGCGUCUGUGAUAUCCGUGCUAGGAGCCCUCGUCUAUGGGAUGUUCUCUUCCAGUGAUCUCGCCCCCUGGUCCGAACAUGAAUAUGAUGAAAGUGAGGUAGAACCCACAGACAGUAAACUGUUUUUGGAGACGAGUGCAUGAUUUUCACAUAUAUAAGGUUGUGUUAAAGAACCAACAGUUAUCAUGAGUAAGUGAGCCAAAAAUAAGUAUAACUUUUCAAGAUUUGGUUCGUAGUUUUACCGCCGUAACCAUUUUUACUAUAAAUGUUAUACUUUUUUCUCUACUCGUAACUGAAGGACACAUUGUGCAAAGAUUAAUCGUGCUUCAGCAAUUUCACCAAUUUCACAGUUUUAGAAUUUUAUUGAUUAAUGAUAGUAAAAGUUGAGUAUGUAUUAUUACGCCAAAACGAUAAUAGUUAAAGGGACAUGGUACCCAAAACGUUACAGUGUAAAAUACCAAACAAAUCGAUUGCGCGAAACAGCAUUCGAAUAAGGUUUAAUGAGUGUAUGUGUGAGUUUUGGAGGUAGAUGUACACAUUAGUUUUGCAACGUGAUGCAUCCACCACGAAUCCUAUAUAGCCCCUCGUUGUGUUUUUCUUCAGGUAUAAUGAUACAUGUAGUUUUAAACGUCGUUCAUUCUUUAACAAGUUUGUCAGGAAUACGAAUCCGACAUCACUUAAUUGUUAUUCUAAAAUCAGAAUUAUUGAAACUUCAUCAUGUAUAAAAAUAGAAUGCAAAACGUUUUCUCUUAUAUCAUGUUAAAAACUAAGUUAGGUUCAAUUAUGAUAUCAACAAGUUACUGUUUUAUAGCCUAUUUUCCAAUACAAACGUUGUUUUAAGCUGAAAUAGCGUUUAGCGACAACAAAAAGUAAAUGUACUGUACCAUUUCAAAAUUAAGAGUGCAAUGUGGCUUUUUAACACCGUUUGAGAAGAAGGUCUUACUAACUGAAGCUUCUUUACUUUUACAAAUUGUACGGAUACAUCUAAAAGAAAAAGUACCCUUUUAUGAUUCAAAAACGGUAAUACAUUGAAGACACAUGAGGAAGUUGAGGAUCAUGCCGCUCAUCUGCAUAUGAAAGUCGGCCCAUCCUGAAUCAACCCAGUGGCUGAAUCAGGAUCUACAGCUCCAGCGUGUUGUGCAUUGUAAAGAUGAGCAAGGGAACCAAAACUAUAAACACACUGCCUGUCUAAUCCAGAAUUAUCAAUCGGAUGGCAAUGCACCUAAUGGCAAUAAAUCCAGAGAUACGUCCGACUACAAAACUUCCAAAUUCAAAUGCGAUGUUAAUGCGAUGUUAAUGUAGCUCCCUUGCCUGACUUAGGAGUCGAACAGUUCAAUAACGUAAACACUAAUACAUUUUGCUAGAAUACAAUCACUACCAAUUAUAUUGAAAUAAUAAUAAUACACUAAAUAUAUGAAACCCAUAAAAGACUUUCCCACCAGUACACGUGUUAGGAUUGAUAUUAGUUUAAGAAUGUUUGGCAAACUUGCACAGUUUGUUACACAGUGUUAAUAUCCUGGACUUUUCUGAAAUCUGUAUCCCCUGCAAUGAUAUUCGUAAAUCACGGCUGAUUAAGCAAGCGUUUUGAUGACUGAGAUCUAAAAACAACAUAAGUGCAAGUUAACUGGUAUAAAAAAACCAUCAUAAAUACCUACUUCGCAUUUUAAAUCAAUGAUUUGCGUUUUUCUGCAUGUUUACUUUACCAAAGCUGUACUUCUACAAAUGCCAUAUAAAUAUGCACAUCACAGGCUAUUACAUACUUGAUGGAAAAUUGAAAGCAAGAUUUGACAAUUGCAAUUCAAAAUAGAUUAAAUCAACAUAUUUAAGAUUUUUGGUCUAUUCAUGAUGAUGGACUUGACACACCAGUGGAUGAAAGUAGAAAAGAACAACAAAAGAACGAAGUAAUAUGAAGGUAUUGUGCGCAGCUGGCACUGGAAGGUCAAUUGUUAUCGUUGUAUAUUUUCUCGAAAAUCUUAUAACAAUGUUACUGACAUAACUUUUGGCGGUUUAUAUCGCGAGAGCGAUUUCAUGUGCCUGCUGGCUAGCUGUAGUUUUACCGUCAUUGACGUUGUUAAUGUUCCGUGGAUAGCUAAGAUUGUUUAUAUUGAUGUGCCCCGGUGUUGUGACACUGACUGUACAGAUAUAUUAAGUGAAAGUGUUAUUAUUAAAGUACUCACAGUUGCCAUGUCAAAUUUGUUGUUGUCCGCCAUGGGGUAACUUAAUUUUAAACCCAAUUAUAGACACGAGUUUACUUUGUAGAAUUACUCCACCCGGCAUUUCAUCUACUGUUUCCUGCUAAUUCAACGUAUAUUCCGAUUUAGAACAUGCAAGCAACUUAGCUAUAUUGUGUAACAGACUUAUAUUACUUCGUUUCUAACUUUUAAAAACAUGAGGAAUUUCACGUAAUUGUGUCUGUUUCAUAGCAACUUAUUGCAAUAUCAUAGUCAGUCAGUCAGCCAUCUUGUUUCAUUGAUUUUUGACAUUUAUGUCACAUCCUUUUACCAAGGUUGCUAUAACCGCGAAGUUUAAACUCUAGAGGUUGUUAAUUUUUACCUUGUAUUGUAAUUUUGCUUUGCUUAAGCCCUGAAAACUUACGGCAAAAAUGUAUAUUCUAGCAUAUAUUUUCAGCGGUUCUAUUUUUAGACCGAUCAAAGUUUUACUAGUCGAUUCAAUUUUAGGCGAUCGAUCGCAUUUUCCUAGAUCGAUCAGCUGUAGUCGAUGCGCUUUUAUGGUGUCGAUCUACGAGUCGAUGCAGUAGUCUGCAUCAGACAUAUAUAAGGAGCGUAGAUUUUUGCUCAUGAGUUCUCCAGUUUUCUUUCGUGGAGGAAGCCGGCGUUUUACAUCUCGGCAUUUUUUCAAAGUAAUUAUAACAUAAAAGAAUCAAGAAAUAUUAAAGAACAUAAGUUAAAUAAUAAGUGGAACUGGUUUACAGCGUUUUAGUAAUUUGUCAGAUUUUUCUAAAGAUUUAUAAACAUUUUAUCAAUUUAAGGCGGUUGAUGGCUGACUGUUUUAGCAUUUGGUUGACAUGGAAAUAUAACUGCUUUAAUCAUAUAUAAUUACAACAUUUUAACAUUUCAAAACGUCGA